GGCGACCGCUCAGACAGUCGUGUCUACGGCGUCAUACGAAACGCACGCGCGGCAAAACUUUGAACCGGCCGGCUGCCGAAUAAUGUUUCAGUGUUUGACAAACUCAAUCGGAGGUCUCGGAAGAAGCGUAUUUAAUAAUUUACACUGUAUAACCGAUCGCAUAUUCUUAGUGAGUGUUACGCAGUGUGUACGGAAAAAACUUUGUCGAAGAUUCUGAAGAAUCUUGUGUAAAAUUGUGUAAUUCGCCGGCUGCGGCCGGAUUGCGUUUUGCACAAACUUUUUUGACGGUGUGCGUAUAAACCACCGCGCGCAUCGUCCCUGUGAUAAGAGGGUCCUGUGAUAUCGACAAGUUCGUUUUAGCUUUAAAACUAGUUAGUAUUUAGUUAUACAUAAAAAAAAAUGGCGGUGCCAAUGGACACUCCAAUUCUCCACUUCGAUGUGUGGGAUACACUGGACGAGAUGACUUUGGAGAUGACACAAACUUCCGAGUUUUGGGCUCAAGUACAGUACGAGGCUGAAAGAUUGGAUGUGCCGCCUGUCAAUUAUCCAGAGAUGCAAACAGAAUAUGAAUUGGACUGGCGAAUAAAUGAAAUCCCAGAAGACACGCACAAAGACAGUAUCCUUAAUUACGACAUCAUGUGGGCAGGCUAUGAUUCAAGUAAUCCUGGCAACACAUUUGUGCCAACUGAUCAAAGUACUGCCGCACCUGGCCAGAGUUUACUGCGGCGACGGGAAAUUUCACCGCCAAGACCUGAGACUCCAUCAUCAUUGGACGGCGAUGAGCCACCACAGUUCCUUCAUUCAGUGGACGUCGCUGGAACAGCGCGUAGGUUGUUGCGAGACUCUGCUGUAGUUGCUGCUGAUCAUUCGUAUACAGCGUCCAGACAAAACUUCGACAACCUGGGAGUCCAGACACCAUCUGACUCGUGUGAAUCAGAUGAGGAAAUAGAUGUGGUUGGAUUAACGCAGCAGCCGAUGGCUGCUGCCUCACAUAUGCGCACCGAUUCAUUGCCACGCGCACCAUCCGCCCACGAAAGGCAAGUGUUCCAACGUACAGUGGCGAGUGCGAUCACACCUCGUUCUCCCCGACCGGUCGCAAGGAAACGUCUUGUACCACCAACCAGUAUAACGUCAGCGUCAGGCACACGUAGGCGCACGCGCGGUCCCGGUCGACGCGGACGUCGUUCCAACACGGACACCGAUUCGGAGGGAGAAACACCAGAGAUUGAACGCCGUUCAAUACACAACGACAUGGAACGCCUACGACGCAUCGGCCUCAAAAAUCUCUUUGAUGAGCUGAAGAAACAGAUUCCAGCAACUAGAGACAAGGAGCGUGCUCCCAAAGUGGUAAUAUUACGCGAGGCCGCCGCCCUGUGUCGCAAACUUCGGGACGAAGAGGUACAAAGAGAAAUCCUCAAGAAGCAGCAGACCAAAUUAAUGACGAAGUUGAAAAAGCUUCGUGUGUUAACGGCUCGCUAUCGUCCGUAUUGAGCAGCACGAUUCAUGUUAUGCGAGCAUCGCUUCGUUCCGUAUCAGGAAUCCUCGGGUCAACUCAACGUGACACUUAUGCAUGAUAGUUCGAACGUAAGUUGCUUCUGGACGUUCUAGUGUAUGUCUUUUAAUUUCUCUUGUAAUUAGGCCAUAAAGACCAAUUCCCGUUUUUCUAUUUUCGUGGUUAAUAAAAAUUAGAGUGGAGCCUAUAUGUUGUUGGGAGUUUGUUAUAUUUCGAUAUAAAGUCAGCUUUUACGGCUUACUCUGCUUCUGUGGGAAUGUACCGAGGAUAAUAUAGGUAUAAAUGUUGUAGCAAUAACCGCGGGUUUAAUUUGCUCAAAAGAUAUUUUGCAGUGCCAAAGUGAGCCAUAAAGCUGUUGUUAACAAUAAUCCUAGGUCUUCAGCAAACGUCUUAAUAGUUACAGACUGCUUCGUGAACUAGUAGACUGGUUUUAUACCUCUAAAAUGUUUUUUGAAUUAUCAAUAAAGUAUACAAAUAGUUGACAGCGCAUUACAGAUUUACUCCGUGUUGACACAUCGUAAAAGAUAUGAAAUUUGUUGUAGUAUUGUUUCGAAACGGUAAAACAUUUUUACUGGACCCGUCUAAUAUUAAUAGUUAUUGUAUAAUAGUGUCACGUACCUAAUUAUUAGUGAGGUGUGUUGUUAGUCAGAGUUAUUAUUUAAAAAAUACCAUGCUCAUAGAUAUGUGUUCUUACUUGUCGUUAUAACGAUAAACUUUUUAAAAUUUGAUAUCGUACCAAAAAAAAAAAAAAAAUUGUUACCGACGCUACUUGAAUUUUAAUUUGUAUUGUGCCUACAUGUCGGAGCUGAGUUUCACAUUUCUUAACGGUAAUUUAAAUGAAAGAUUUAAUUAUAUAAAAAAGUAUAUAUGUUAUUAUAUUUUUAUCAAUUCGUAUCUUAGAUCUGUGUAUUUUUUAAAUAAGCCUGUAAAUAUAUGAACUGGUUAGUGAAAUUGACCGUUCACCGUUUUGAUAUCGUUGGGAAGCUUUUCAGCUGUUCGGCCAAGUAUAUGUUUUAGGCCCGGUACAAGUUUUGACGCAUUUUGUAUAAUGUGAACGCGAUGGAAGUAGUGAUGUCAAUGUCGGAACAUUAUGAUAUUAUUAUAAGUUUAAAUAAACGACUUCAAAGUAGACUUUGUACAUCAUAGGUUAGCUCGCUUACAGUUUUAUAGUGUUUUGUUAUUUGUAAAUUUUAACACUUUUUAAUGUUUUUUUUUUUACACUUUAGUGGCGCGAUUAACUUUUUUCACUAUUUUUAACAUUGAAAUUGUUAGAUACAUUGGACCACUUUACAUUUACACUAUGUAUAGCUUAUAUUGCGUAUGUACGAAUCUAUAGCACUGACAUAAAUAAAGUAUGCAUUUAUCAGAUAAUCGUUCAAGCAUUAUAUAUAAUCUAUCUAUCUAUCCUAUUUAAGAGCUGCGCUCUUGUCGGUGGAGCUCUUGCCACUCACUACGAUUUUCAGCGAGUCUCUUCACCUCUUGAUACGACACGACACCAACUCCUUCCUUGAUCUGGCUGAUGUAACUGUCUUGGUCUCCCCCUUCCUCUCUUUCCUUUUGUCUUACCUUAUAAUGUUCAUAAGUUCGUCAUGUCGUAUCAAGUGUCUCAACAUUUUUAUAUUAUAUGUAACUAAAAUUCAUAAUUAAUUUUAUCACGUUACUUUAGUAUGUAGAACCGAAUUGACAACGGUGUACCUCGUAUUGAAUGAAUUUACGCAUUUGUGUGAUGUUUUAAAAAAUUAGAAACAAAAAUGGUAAAAACACCAAUACGCCAUGGUUGGAAAUUGCUCGCAGUAAUGUUGGCCCUUAAGACCUAGUGCCGUGGUCGUUCAUAACAAAUUAUGUAUUUAUUUUCAACCAGAAAAUGGCGUUUUGGUAUUUCGUACUAUUCCAGUAACUGCGAUGUAAUUGCACAUUAUGAGU